UCCCCUUGAAAGCUCAGCCGCUCGGUCAGUAGUUUGCGUCUCUUUGAAUUCGUUCGCCUAGUGUUGUGUUAUCAGAAACAAAGCGAAGCACACCGCUACCCUGCGGCUCCAAACCGCUAUUCCUCAAACUUACCUCGCCGUGUCCCCGGAUAUGGAGGCAGCCGCGUCCGCCUUCCAGCACUCGUACGGUCUGGGCCCUCGCUGUCCGGACCCGCGCUACGCAGCCCAGCAGGGCCACGCGCCGCACCCGCCCUCGGCUCCGGGGCCUUCGGGCGCUCCGCGGCCCGAGGAGCAGCAGCACCACAAGCCUUUCUUCUACAUACAGCCCUCGCAGCCGUACAUGCCCAUGCAGUGGCCGGUGCCGGUGCCCAUGCACGUGCCCUACAACCCGUACUACCCGGGUUUAGGUUACGGCCUGCCCAUGAUGCCCCACUAUCAGCCCAAUCCCUACAUGGAGCCCCCCGCCUUCGUCGUGCCCACCACCCACCUCCAUUUGAUGGACUACCGCCGCAUGCUCAACCCCCAGUACUACCAGACCAUGGCCUACCACUCCCGCCGGUUCCGCUACCAGCAGAACAGCCCGAGCAGGGAGACCACCAGCUCGGAGGUCCAAACCGAGCCGCUUUCCGCUGCCCAGAAGGCUGGCCCCUCGGGGCCCGGUGACGCGCCGGUCCCCGCCGGCCUCCCGGCCCGCAAGGGGGGCGACGACCACCAAAGCCCCGGCGUCUCCGUCAAGGGGCUUCCCUCGCCAGCCCCCUUGGCGCAAAAGUCUGACCCCGCCGCCGCCGACCCCAGGAAGCAGCCGAGCGGCAGCUUCGUGUUCCAGACGGAGGAGGUGCGGAUCGAAUGCUGCAGCACGCCGGUGGGCCUGCAGCUCCUGCACGAGACCAAGGAGGUGUCCCACAGCUUCACGCAAGACAGCGGCGCCGUCCUCCGGGGUUGGCAGGACGAGGAGAGCCGCGUACCCGGCGAGCAGGCGGAGCAGGCCCUCCAAGCGUGUCCCGACGCGCUGGCUGUCGCCGAGACGCCACCGGCAAUGGAAGAGCCCGAGAGCUGGGCGGAUCCCGGCGUCGUCGCCUCUGACGACCACGACGACGACAGCCGAGCGCCGGCUUGCAGCGCCGUUCAAGAGACGGGCGGCGAGAAGGACCCGUCCGAGACGUGCCCCUUCAAAGUCGUCCACCUGCCCUUCGACCCAAAGUACCUGGACGAGCUGUGGAAGAUGGAGUCCACGGUCUGGUCCAUGAAGGAAACGCCGAGCCCCUCCUCGGAAUCGCUGAUCCAAAACAGCCGCCCGGAGUCCGGCGACGCCACGGAAGACGUGGCGCCCGCGGUUCAAAUGACUCCCGUGGCAGAGGACGAACCGGAGGACAUGGUCACCGCCGCCGCUGCGGAGGAGCGUCCCGGGGACCGGAUGGCCCCCGAGGCCGACGCCUGCCCAGUCAUGGAUGCGGCGGAGAUGGCGCCCCCCGCGGCGACAGACUGCUCCCCUCUGAAGGCGGACGCAAACGAGCACCAGGACACGUCCUUCGAGUCUCUGCCUGCCUACCUCCCGUCCACCAGCUGGCUCGCCGACUUCGACAACGUCUACUACUGUAGCACGAUGCCGCCAACGCCCACCAAGCAGAGCAGACCCCCGGGCGGGCGCGGCUUGGACAUCCCCGCCAGGAGGAGGCGGCUGGACCUCGACCACAAAGGCCAGCUCGCCGUCCGCAAGCCGAAGGAAAGGUACAAACUCAAAGGGAAGGCGGACCGAAGCCGAAGCCUCUCCGACCACGAGUGCUGCCUCAGCCGGAGCUUCAACGAGAACGCGUUCGCUCCCCGCGCCUCCAAGAGGGAGCGGCUUUGCUCCAGGUGCGUGGCCAGGGGCGGAGUCUGCGAGCCCGCCGGGCCGGUGCCCGACGGCCGCGCCCUCAAGAGAAAAGCGGCCGUCUUCCAGCAGUGGAACGACGCGCUCCUGCCCACGUGCGACGCCUGCAGGUCGCACUCCAAGAAACGCCUGGCGAGGAAGGGCUCGGGCCCGGAGGCCCGGUGCCCCCCUCGCGGGCGCGACUCCGAGGGCGAGUCCUCGGAGAACGACUCCAAGUGGAGGACGACGACGACGACGAUGACCUCCGCCGAGCGCCACGGGAAGCCGAACGUCCUCAAGAUGCCGCUGGCGUCCAAGCAGAACCUGGAGAAGCCGAGGGAGAAGAACUGCCCGUGCAGCGGCGAGCACCAGCCCGUCGGGUGGGAGAGGCUGCGCCGCUGUCCCCAUGGUAACGCCAUCCGGGAGACGGACGAGAACCGCGCGGCGCCGGUGUACCUGCAGGACAAACGCAGGAUAAUGGAUCACGUUUAUCCAGCACACAGGUGGCAAACGGAGAACUCGUGGAACGCAGCCAUCGCUCACCCCGACAGCGACGCCUCCAGGACGCCGCGUUUUAACAAGCACAAGAAAUCACAAUCACAAGGAAAUUAUAGGAAAGACACAAGAUGCUGAUUUGCACAAGAGCACAAUGUUAAAAUGACACUUUUAAAAAAAAAAACAAUUGAUAUAUUUAUGAUGUACACUUGAAUUAAAUUAUUGCCACCUGAAUGAACUGUAUACUCACAAUGUGACACUAUUUAUUAACAUUAAUAAUAAACACAACUAUUUGA